AGUCACAAAUAACAGUUUAACACAGUCAGACUCAGAGUCAGACAUCAAGUUCAACAACUCGAGACAGGCACGGCUCAGCUAAAAAAAAUACUUAAUCCAUAACAUUGUCUUUCUCUUUAUAAUACAUCGUAAAACUUACAUUGUGCACCAUGAAAUGAUCCGUUAAGUGGCAUUUAAAAUCAAUAUUAAGACCAAGGGAGGAAAGAGAUUUCUCAGCUCAUUUAUUGUUGAAUCGCCUAAAAUAGUUUCUCACAUCAUAGUUCUCCUCAGUAAGUCGAGUGAGGGCGUCAAUAAAAUUGAAAGACGAUUUCUGAAACUCGUAAUUUGGAGAAGUAACUUGUGUAUUUUUCACCGAAAGAGCUAUUAUCAUCCGAAACAGCAAGCAUGUUUCCAAUAAUGAGACAAUUUCAAAUGUCUUCUUUGUCACUCCGCCAGCUUAUCUAUCGUAGAGUUGCAAGAAAUACGCUGAAUCAGGCACAUUUACCUAAAGCAUCAAUCCAGCAAGGAACAAGUGCUGUCAACUCCAUCUUGCCGAGGGCCUUAGGGAAACCAACAACUGCAACAAUCCCAUCACAUCUCACUAAAUCAUCAGCAGAUAAAUAUAUAAUUUGUGUCAGAAAUUCAAGUGGAGGCAAUGAAAAGGCAGUAUUAAGUGACCUUGAAUAUGAAAAGAUAGCUGACCAGACAUUGGAUCAUCUUUCAGAAUUCUUUGAAAUUCUUGGAGAUUCUGAGAAUUGCCCAUCAGAAUUUGAUGUCAUGUACAGUUCUGGUGUAUUGACAGUUGCCUUCGGUCAGGAGCAUGGCACUUAUGUAAUCAACAAGCAAACACCCAACAAACAAAUCUGGCUUUCAUCACCAACGAGUGGACCGAAGAGGUAUGACUAUAUCAACAAAAGAUGGAUCUAUAUUCAUGAUGGCAUGGCCAUUCACGACCUUCUCUCACAAGAGAUAUCCAAGAUCCUUGAUUCUCCUGUAGACGUCUCAGAAGCUGAGCAGUGGGACACGUGACAUUGAUCGAGACGAGAUGAGAUUGGAAUUCUUGACAUUUCUGAGAGUUUUAAUAAUUCAAUAUGAAAGGAUAUAUUCAGAAUCUUGUAGAUUUCAUAUUAAUUGACUGAAGCAAGUUUGGUGGUACUUAUCAAGAUGAGAGUACUCUGAAUUCUUGAGAUUCCUCAGUUUAUACAACAUGAACAAGCAAUCUUGUAGAUUUCAUAUUUAUCAAUGCAAGAGUUUUUACUUCCAUCAAAAUGAUAUAAGCUUACUUUGAACUCUUGGGAUUCUUGAUGGUCAAUUUGCUGUGAAAUGUUAAGGAGAAUCUUGUAGAUUCCAUAUUGAUUGAAGCAAUAAUUGUGGCAUCGAUCAAGAUAAGCUUUACUUUGAAUUCUUGAGAUUCCUCAGUUUGUACAUGACCGAGCAAUCUUAGAUUUUAUACUUAUCGAAGCAAGAAUGGCGACAGUUAUCAAGAUGAGACUAUUUUGAAAACUUGGGAUUCCUGGCUUAUUCUACAUGAAAGACCAAGCAGAAUCUGGUAGAUUUCAUAUUGAUGGAAGCGAGAAAUGUGACAUUCAACAAGAAGAGAUGAGUUUAAUUGGAAUUUUUGAGAGUUAAUUUUGUGUGAAAGGCUAAGCAGAAUCUUGUAGAUUUCAAAUACACUGUAUAUUAAAGCAAAAAUUGUGAAAUGGAUGUAAUCAAAAUGGGCUGCAUUGCUUUCUGAUUCGUUGAACAUUCAUUCUAUGUAUCAUGGAAAAUUUCAUGUAUCAAUAUUCAGGGAUUUUCACAGUUAUUAUAAACUACUGAAAUCCUUGUUUCUGAUUGGCUGAGAGAGACUUAGUUGAUGAAACUAAAUUACAAAUUGCCUCAUGAAAGACAAUCCUGUUGAAAUGCUUACUAAUGCUAAGAAUAGCUUGAAAAAAGGUAUUUCUGGCUACAUGCCGAUCCAUUUGACAGUAUUAUUGACGAGGAUGUUUUUUUUUCUUUUUAUCCAGCAUUGCAGACUUACUUUUUUUAUCAAUGGGAGUUUUUUUCUGGAAUUUUUUUUUUAAUUCCGAACCCUUUUUUUAUUACCUAAGUCGUAAAAUCAGUCUGAAUUUAAAAAAUUCCAUUCAUCAUGAGUAGUUAUCACACACGAUAUUCUUUGUUACAGACAGUACAUUUUUUGACACAUUCUCAUUGUGAAUCUGUUUAUUUGAUUGAACCACACAAGUCAUUUGAAGGAAAAAAAACGGAAAUGAAUCGACAUGAUAUAUGUAUGACUCUAUUAGUAAGGAAAAUGUAUUCAAGUCUAUUGUAAACUGCUUUGGCUUGCUGCACGGACAUUGUACAAUAAACAACAAAGCAAAUUGUGUGGUAAAGAAAAUAAUUGCUUAUUAGUCAGUGCAAUCACUUCCAUCUAUCCUUUUACUUUCAUUUCAUGUAUAUCCCUCCAAAAUCCAUUUCAAAACGAUUUUAUUUGUACAUUGUUGUACUGAUUGUGCACUGAAUCUUUGAUUGUAUGGUAAACUUUUUUCUGUCAAACUCCAUGAAAACUCAUUUGAAAGGGUGAAGAUUGUUCUUAAAGGAGAAUGGAAUCCUUGAAACCAGAUGAAUUCAUAUAAAAGACAAAAUUAAAGGAAUUGAUCAAUGAAGUUUUAGGAGGAUUGAAUGAAUAUUAAAAAAGUUAUGAGCAUUUGAAUAUUGAGAUCACUAAUGAUAUGUAGAUCCUCCCCUUGGCAAUGCAACCAAGAUCUGUGAUGUCACAACUUCCCUAUUACUUGGGUACAUAUUUUACUUAAAUUUUCUCUUAUCUAGUGUAUCUUAUCUAAUGUUUCACAACAAUGUAUCAUGGAUGAAUUGUUUGUCCUAUCAUUAGAAUGAGUGAAAAGAGUUUUGUUUGGGUAUAUUGUCCAAAGAGUUGUACAUAUGUGAUAUCACAGAUUUGGUUGCAUUGCGAAAGGAAGGAUCUCCUGAGUAUUAGUGAUCUUGACAUUCAAAUGGUCAUAACUUUCUUAUUGAUUGUCCAAUAUUUCUCAAACUUUUGUUGAUGUUAUUAUUUGAUUUUUCUGCUUUCAUACAAGCUAAAAUUUGGGGGUUCAUUCUCCUUUAAUAUCAAACUCAUCCAAGAGGUAAUAUAGUCUCAUAAUAAUCUCAAACUGACUUUAUGCAAUAUAUCAGGUUCAGAAAAAAUAGAAUAGUUCCAUAUAAAGCAGGGCCAGCUGUCAUUGCUUAACCUCUGUUUUUAAUAGCAAUUAUGAUAUUGAAUUAUUGAUAGAAAGGAUUUAAGAUAUUGAAUUAAUAAAGAUAAUUAACUGUAAGAGCAUCUGUUGUAUUUUGUUGUGCUCUAUUGUUCCAAAAGCAAUGCUGAUGCAUUUUAUUGUUCAAAUGUUUAUGGAAUAUUUUAUUAAAUUCAAAAUUUAAAGAUAUUGAA